GGCUAUCACAGGGGCGGGGCUCCCGGGCGAGCACGAGGAAAGGUAGGUGGAGUAGAGCGCCGGGCCGAGUGUGGCUCCGCAAACCUUUGCCUUAGCCCGUUCGCCGCCCGGUACCGGCGCAGCGGCGUCUGCGUGGUGACAUAGCUGCUUUCUGUUGGGGGGCUGGGAGAGCACACCCGGUUGCUGGACUGUUUUCUCUGCGUCCUUGGUCGCAAGCUCGGUUGAACUGUUUUGUGUCCAAGGAGAAGAACAGCAUCCGUUACUGGACCUGUGAUUCCCUGGACUCUGUGAGCUGGCAGUGCUUGGAGCUACACAGCUUGUGCCAUGGACUCUGAGGUCAGCAACGGUUCCGGCCUGGGGGCCGAGCACAUCACAGACCUGCUGGUGUUCGGCUUUCUCCAAAGCUCUGGCUGUACUCGCCAAGAGCUGGAGGUGCUGGGUCGGGAACUGCCUGUGCAAGCUUACUGGGAGGCAGACCUCGAAGACGAGCUGCAGACAGAUGGCAGCCAGGCCAGCCGCUCCUUCAACCAAGGAAGAAUAGAGCCAGAUUCUGAAAGUCAGGAAGAAAUCAUCCACAACAUUGCCAGACAUCUCGCCCAAAUAGGCGAUGAGAUGGACCACAACAUCCAGCCCACACUGGUGAGACAGCUAGCCGCACAGUUCAUGAAUGGCAGCCUGUCGGAGGAAGACAAAAGGAACUGCCUGGCCAAAGCCCUUGAUGAGGUGAAGACAGCCUUCCCCAGAGACAUGGAGAACGACAAGGCCAUGCUGAUAAUGACCAUGCUGUUGGCCAAAAAAGUGGCCAGUCACGCACCAUCUUUGCUCCGUGAUGUCUUCCACACGACUGUCAACUUUAUUAACCAGAACCUAUUCUCCUAUGUGAGGAACUUGGUUAGAAACGAGAUGGACUGAGGAGCCCGCACAAGCCCGAUGGUGACACUGCCUCCAGAGGAACCGCGACCAUGGAAAGACCUUGGCCUGAAGACAGGUCCCAGAGAACAGCUGUCUCCCUAUUUCCAGGUGGUGGGAACCCCAAGCUGGUGAUUCACUGGACAUCUCUGCGUUCAGCUUGAGUGUAUCUGAAGAGUUUACGCCGGCUCCUGCAUCCACACCAUGUACCUUUGUCCUAUCAGCUGUAUGGGUUCCCACUUGGGAAUGAAACUUAACAGCAGGCUGUAAGGCAGAAAAGCAUCUUUGUAAUGCCAAGUGACUGUUCCUGAGAGCCAGCUCUGGGCUGUCUUCACCAUGUAGGUGGGCUUCUGUCUAAGGAGAACAGCAUUAGGAGAGGUGCAUCGGCCCAUGAGCGUGAAGUCCACCCAGCCUAGUGGACACUGAAGUGCUCACAAGGCCUCCACCUGCCUUUGUAAAAGCCGAAUGGCUGAUCUCAAACCAUGGGAAGCCCGACCGCCCCACCCCUCCUCACCCCAGCGUUUAGCUGUUUCAGGGGUCAGCUAUUAUCUCAAGAUUUCUAUCCAAGUGGAAACAAACUGAAUCAUGCACACGACUUAUCUGUGUGGUGUCAGUUACACUCAGGCUCUUGCUACGGAAUGCAAAGAACAACUCACAUACCAGUGUCAAACAGAAUGCACAGAAGAGACCUAAAACAGCAGCAGGUCACUCGGUUCACAAAAGGUGACUCCCAGUCAAGUCUGACACACUGUCUUGGUUGUAGAGCACAGCUGCCAUCCUCUUUCCCUGGGUAACAUCACAGAAGAUUCCAUAUCAAAAGCAAAUGUUCCCUCCGCUUCUGUAUUUCAGAGACAAGGCCUCACUGUAUCCUCAAGCGUUGUUACGUCUUGUGCUGAACUUUGCUUAAAGCUGGGAUCGUCAGCACGAGCCGCCACAGCCUACAAGUAUUCUAGUUCUGAACUCAUCCCAGCCAUGGUGGCUGUGAUGGCUUGGGUGUAUCAUACCUGUAAAUUAGUGGAUUUUUCUUUAGGAACAUGACCUUUGGGUGAGUAUAAUUGAGAAAUUAUUUUAAUUCAGAAAGUACUUUUCAUUGUGUUCUAAAAAUAUGUGAAUUGUCUUAAGUGGUAGAAAUUUGUUUCUUCAAAAUAAAAGGCUCUUCUCUAGA